AUGUUCCGCGCUAUCUUUGACGCCUUCAACUUCUCAUCUGAAGCAUCUGAAGAUGAUGUACCAUUCGCCACACCUAAAGAAGACUGUGAUGAGGAUGGAUGGGUUGUCAACGUUCAGCUUCCAGAAGAUUCUGGAGAAGAGUCAUUCGCCAUGGUUGAGAAUCCGGAGAUCAUGGAGAUGGGCGACGAUGAGGAGUCGGUGAUUUGUUCGGAGGUUGUGACGACGGUGGUGCCGGAACUAGAGGCCAUCAAAAGACGAGAGGCCUAUAAUCAGGCUAGGGCAAAGACGGCAUUCCGGAAUCAUUUGGAAUCGGUGGUACGUUUCAAGUUUUAA